AUGCAGGCGUGGAACGAAGUGAAGGAGGUCAACGAAGAGAUUCUGACCAAGAUCAGGAAACACCUGAGCUCUCUCAAGGUGCCAGGACAUGGUGAUCGGGUUAGGAAGGUGGAGUGUAUCUACAGCUUCGACACGCCAGAGUCUCCAGACGGACUCUUUGUCAGCUUGUCGAACUACCAGGGGUUUGGAAGCAGCUUCGUGGACUUGGACUUUGCGCGCUCGGACUUCCCGCUCUACCUGAACAUGCGCUGGAAGAAAAUUCCCAAAGAGCCCAAGGAGGCUAAGGAUGCGGAGGCCCCGACCAAGAUGGCCAUCGGAGUGGAGGGAGGAUUCCAGGUCGACGAGGAGCAGUUUGAGUACGAGAAGACCAACUUCCUCGCGCUGCUCCCUGAAAGGAUACUGAUUCCCCUUCCCAACCAGGAGCUGCCCGAACUGAUCUCCAUGGUUGUGGACGGCAUCCUUAAGGCAAGUGACCUCACGGAGGACGAAGCGCAGGUGAUGGCCUGGGAGGACAAGAGACAAGUCUCCAAGUACGCAGACAGCCUGGUCCAGGUCAACAACGGCAAGAAGAUCUCCCCCGACCCCAAGACAUGGAAGUGCGAAGAAUCCGGAAUGACGGAGAACUUGUGGCUGAACCUCUCCGAUGGGCACAUCGGCUCUGGACGUGCUCAGAUGGAUGCUACAGGGCAGAUGACCGGAGGAACAGGUGCUGCGCUCAACCAUUACUACGAGCAGAAAAGACUAGGGAACGAGUUCCCGUUGGUUGUGAAGCUCGGCACGAUCACAGCCAAAGGAGCUGAUGUGUACAGCUACGCAGCAGAUGAAGACGAUAUGGUGGAGGAUCCCAAACUUGCUCAGCAUCUUUCACAUUGGGGCAUUAACAUGAUGCAGAUGGAGAAGACUGAAAAGACCAUUGCCGAGAUGGAGAUUGACAUGAACAACAAGUUUGACUUCGAUAAGAUUUGUGAAUCUGGAAAGCAAUUGCAAACACUUUCUGGGCCCGGAUUUGUUGGCCUCAAGAAUCUUGGCAAUAGCUGCUAUGUCAACAGCGUUGUACAGGUCUUGUUCUCGCUGCCUGACUUCCAAGAACGAUUCUACAAGAAGGCUCCUGAAAUUUUCCAAUCGACGUCGUCGAGUGCAAGUGCUGACGACAUCUUGGUGCAAACGGCCAAACUUGGAACUGGCUUGCUGUCAGAGAAAUACAGCAAGCCUGUCGAAGGAAGUGAAGGAGCCUUCGUCAAUCCUCAAAUGUUCAAAUUUCUUGUUGGCAAAGGACAUCCAGAAUUCAGCACCGGAAAUCAGCAAGAUGCCUUUGAGUAUUACCAACAUUUGCUUGAAAAACUAGAGCUGGGCGAGAGAGCCAAGAAAGGAUCCGAGCCACUCAUCUCCAAGUUUUUUGAGUUUGAGAUCGAGGAGAGACUCCAGUGCAAGCAGAGUGGAAAGGUCAAGUAUACUCAGGCAAAGGAGAAGCAGCUAUCAUUGUUGAUCCCUCUCGACGCUGCAACAAACAAAGACGAGGUUCAAUCCUAUGAGGAGCGAAAUGCAAAACGACAGAAGAAUGAAAUCUCUGAAGCCGACAAGGAAGAACCAGUCAAGGCCAACAUCCCGUUCGAUGCUUGUGUCUCGAGCUACAUGAAGGAAGUGAUCGUUGAGGAUUACCUCUCACCAGCGACUGGUUCAAAGGGUUCCGCUACAAAGUCGACCCGAAUCAAGAGGUUCCCCAAGUAUCUCUGUAUUCAUAUGAGAAGGUACGUGCUGGGAGAAGACUGGCGCCCAAAGAAGCUUGAUGCCAUGAUCACGCUUCCUGAGACCUUGGACCUCGAGUCUCUCCGCAGCAAAGGACAUCAGCCUGGCGAAGAAUUGUUGCCAGAGGAUGCCACUAGCUCGGCGGCGGCAGCUGGGCCCGUUCCAGAUGAAGCCAUUGUUCGUCAGUUGGUGGAUAUGGGCUUCGGCGAGAAUGGAUGCAAGCGUGCGGCACUGGCCACGAACAACACUUCGGCUGAGGCCGCCAUGGAGUGGGUCUUGCAGCACAUGGGUGAUCCAGACUUCAAUGAUCCGAUCGCGGCGCCUAGCGCCCAAGCGCAGUCAGGAGCUGCAGUAGAUCCUGAUGCCGUCGAAAUGCUCUGCUCCAUGGGCUUCGCCAAACAUCAUGCGGAACGAGCUUUGCGCGAGACCGGCGGAGACAUCCAAAGAGCCAGCGACUGGCUGCUGUCUAGAGUCGACCAACUUGACGCGAUGGAUGUCGAAGAGGCGUCGCAGCCUCCUCCAACAGACUCCAAUGUAGAUUAUCAGCCCCAGUACGACCUUGUUGGUUUCAUCAGCCACAUUGGAAGCAACACCGCCUGUGGGCACUAUGUCUGCCACAUCAAGAAGGAUGGAAAGUGGACGAUUUUCAAUGACAGGAAGGUUGCGCUUUCCGAAGACCCUCCCAUCUCGAUGGGAUACAUGUACAUAUAUCAGAGCAAGGGACCCAAGUGA